AUGAACAUCAAAUCCCCCUCCCUCCUCUCCCUCCUUCUUCUCCUUGCCCUCCUCGUCCUCUCCUCCCAGCAGGGCUGCUCAGUGGCUCUUUCUGACGCAGGCUGCACCUCCUGCAACAUCAGUGGUUGCAUUACCUGCUCUAGCGGGUACUAUCUCGCCGCAAAUAAGCUCUGCUUUGCCUGCAAUCCCGGCUGCCAGACCUGCUCCAACCUGAUGACGUGCACUUCCUGCGCCACUGGCUAUUAUCUCAACGGAACGGUCUGCUACGGGUGCACGCAGCCUUGCAGCAGCUGCACUAAUGGCACCGUUUGCCUCUCUUGCCCUCCCGCCUUCUACCUCUCCUCCACCGUCCCAGGGCAAUGCUACUCCUGCGCAGAUUAUAACUGCGUGAACUGUACAGGCACUGGCCUAAACUGCACCGAGUGCGCUGUGGGAUUCUACAUCUUCAAUGCCGUCUGCACGCAGUGUCCCUACUACUCCUGCGCGACCUGCAACAACAGCACUGCUCACCUGCAAUCCCCGCUACUACGUGCUUUUCGGGACGUGCUAGCCAUGCCCGCUGGGAUGCCUCACCUGCGCCAGCGACUUCAGCUGUUCCUCCUGCGUCGACGGCUACUUCUCAACAACAGCCAGUGCCAGUUCUGCAUCGCUCCCUCCUGCAAGGUCUGCACGAGCACUGCCAACUGCGUCAAGUGUAUCGACCAGUAUUUCUACAACGAAUACGUGUGCAUCGUCUGCCCCAGCAACUGCUACAAGUGCAUCAAUGGCAGCUACUGCGUCUCUUGCAUGCCCCUCUACUACCUCAAUAGCAGCAACAACUGCCAGUCUCCAGGCUCCAACUGCAUCGGCUUCCUAGGAGGAAUAGGAUGCGUGGCCUGCCCCAUGGCUUCAUACAGAAACGGUCUUUUCUGCACUGCUUGUCCUGCCUCCUGCACUGCCUGCACCGCUACUGACUCGGUUGCACCAGUUGUCUCCAAACAUCUCUACCUGUCUCAGUUGCACAAACGGUUAUUUUCAGCUGGAGCUUGCAAGACCUGUACGACUCCCAACUGCAUCAACUGCAAUGCGGGUACUUGCAUCUACUGUGCCAUAGGGUACAUGAUUCGUCGACUGUUUGCUCACUUUGCAGCAACGCAAUCACGCACUGCUCUUCCUGCCGCACCUUCAGCAGCUGCACUUCUUGCUAUGGCGGCUACUAUCUUUCAAGCCCUGGCAGCAAUUUCUGCGCCUCAUGCAACACAGCCAUGCCCUACUGCUCAUUUUGUACUUCUGCCACGCUUGCAUCACCUGUAUCAGCAACGCUACUAUUUGGACGGUCCCACCUGCAAAUUAUGCAACAAUAUCAUCACUGGUUGCGUCACCUGCAAUUAUGGACCAAUGGCUAUGUCUGUCUCACCUGCACUGCAGGAUUUCUCCUCUCCAGCACAUACUGCAACUAUUGCUCCUUCUACUACACUGGUUGCGCCUUCUGCACAGUAUCUGUCUGCACUUCUUGCCUCAAUACCUUUAGAAACGUCAGCGGGGUAUGCACUCCCUGCUCCAUUUUUACCCCACUUGCAGCACUUGCAACGCCACUGCUUGUCUCUCCUGCGCGCCGAUAUGUACAUGUUCAACAACAGUUGCUAUGGCUGUUCCAACGCGAUUCCCAACUGCAACACAUGCUCCAGCGGUACUAACUGCACCUCCUGCACAAUCCUCGCUUACCUAAACGGCACAUCCUGCACCAGCUGCAACGUUUCCCUUCAGGGCUGCAGUUCCUGCCUCAACUCCUCCUACUGCAUCAGUUGCGUCAACAGCAGCUACUACUUUGCGAACGGAAGCUGCAUCCCCUGCGCCACCCUGCCCGCCUGCGUCACCUGCAACUCCGCUCCCAACUGCACCGCUUGCAACUCAUCCAGUUACUACGUCCAGAGCGGAAUUUGCACGCUUUGCUCCUCCACCAUGCCCAACUGCGUGUCCUGCUCUUCUCUCAACCACUGUUCGGCUUGCGUCAACCAAUCCUAUCUUCCCCUGGGCUACGGAGGUCUUGCCAUUUCUGGGUGUAUCUCCUGCAGCAACUCUACCACUGCACUGCAUGCUCAAAUGGCAGUUAUUUCCUCUCUGGAGCUGCGUGCCAACUUUGCACGACCAUUUAGGGAUGCACAAAAUGCUCAAAUGCUACUUAUUGCACUAAUUGCUCCACUAACUACUAUCUAG